AAGGGCGUUAGCGGCCCCGAGGUAGCUCUGGCAACGCGAGCGUUCUUUCAGCUCAAGCAUCCCACGAAGCUCAUGGAGAAAGUGGAGACGUUCAUGAACGGGCGUGGUUGGCGGCUGAUUUGGACCCCCCCGUAUAUGCCGAGUUUCCAGCCGAUCGAACUGUUUUGGCAGCACGGCAAGCAGUAUGUGAGCUUCAACUUUAAGACGAAGCGCACGAUGGCAGAGGUUUGGGCGCAGGUUCGGAAAGGGUGGUACGGAGAUCCCACGUGGGAAGGGCAGGAGGGGGGUUGGAAACCGGCGGACUGUAGCAAGCUCGUUGCACACGCCGUUAAGGAGAUGAACAAGUGGGUUGCGAGUGACCCUGUUCUCAGGGGUCAGAUGGGCGCUCUUGAAGAGAUUCCCGAGUCGUACGAAGAUGAUGCUCCUGGGCACAACGACAUCGUACACGAUGAUGGCGUCGAGGCCCAGGAGCAGCUUGAGUUGUCUGCCGAAUUUAUGGAGUGUAUGGGUGACGAGGAUGCCGACGGCGAUGCAGAGGUGUAGACAUCAACGAGAUUGAAACUGGUUUUGUUGCGUUGGAUUAUUGGCGUAUUGGCGUUUGCUUUCAGCACCUCUAUCAUGCAGAGGUCCUCUCCCCUGAGUCAAUGUGGUGUUUUGAGAUUCCAAGGGAAUGGCAGUUUUAUGUUUUCAUUCGUUCUGUGUGGUGUCUUCAGCUCAAUCGUCAAUGAGCAAGGUUGACGUGUUGCGGUCGAUAAUACAUGAUAAUUUAUAAACACCAACAACAUUUUAUUCAGCAUUUCUUUUCUUGCAUGGCGAUCCCAGUGAUGCGGUUCGUGUUAGCUGUGGGUGGUGGACAUAAGCAGCCUUUUGCUCAAGAUACCAAACAACCUGAGCCAAAUUUUCCGCCGACGAGAAGGCCGAAAUUCGACACAUGUGGCGAUUUCUCUUCGGGAAGAACUUUGUGUUUUAGAUUUUUUUUUUCA